UGGUGCGGUAUUCGCGACCACUCUCUUCAUCUCGCUCAGCAUGCCCAAUGUCGCCGCAACAGACCUCCAUCGCGCGUUCAACCAGAUGCUGCUCUCGCGCCGCGCGAUGACCGACGAUCGGUUGCUCGAGAUGUACCGGCGCACCAUCAAGGCUGUCCAGGCCUCUGACCAAGACUUCCAGCCGACGCACCGUAGUAACGAGCAGGGCUUGAACGCCUUUCUCGAGGAGCUCACGUCGCUGCUCGAGCCGCUGGGCCUCGGGCUGAAGCGGGGCGCGGACGAAACCUCGGGCCGGAAGUGGACGGCGCUCGUGAACACGGAGGGCGCCGGCGAGAUCGCGCAGCAGGCGACGGACUUGUCCCCACUCGAAAUCAGUUAUGUGCGCGCCGUGAUCGAGGCGAUCGUCGAGAGCUACCCAGCCAAUAGUGUGGGGUCGCGGCACGCCGUCGGCCUCGUGAAAGACCUGAACGGGCAGAUGACGCAGAGCGCCGCGCAGGCGCUGCUCAAGGCACUCGUGGCGCGCGGGUGGCUCGCCACCUCAGAACGAGGGCGGUACUCGCUCGCGCCGCGCGCUAUGCUCGAACUCGCUGAUUACCUCCGCGGCGAGUACGACGACUAUGUGCGCGUGUGCCGCCGCUGCAACCGCAUUGUCAUGACGGGCGUCGCAUGUGCGCACCAGGCGUGCGAGGCACACUACCACGGCUACUGCUACGACAUGGUGCUGGAGCGACGCACGGCUUGCCUCGAGUGCAAGACGAGCUUUGAAGAAGUGCGUCCGACGCCGAUUGGUGAGAAGGCGGUCAGCCGCGUGCAGGACGACUUCGCUCGGGCGGCGAAGCGGCGCAGGAGUCAGCGUGGGAACGAGGACGACGAGGUGGAUGACAGCCAGCCUGGUAUGUCGCAGGAGCAACGAGCCGUCGCGGAGGAAGACGAGGUCGAGAGCGAGGAGGAGCGCCGUCCAUCUCGAUCACAGGGCCGCACCCAGCAACGUGGAGCGGAGACGAUUAUACCCGACUCGUUCGUCGAUCCCGACGAAGAGGAUCUCGACUCUCAGCCUGGGCCAUCGCGUCGCCGAUUCCGGUAGAAUUACUAAUGCCGCAGCGUGAUGUCCCCAUCAUACCAUCACUGCCUCAUCCCCUCGCACCUGUAUUACACGGAGAGCUAUGCAUGUCAAUACUACAAGCGG